AUGGGGGAUCGGCCAAAGCUCCCUGCCCGCUACGAGCAGGUGAAGCUGCUCGGCGAGGGUAAUUUCGCCAAGGUCUACCUGGCGCGGCACAUGGAUACGAAGGAGGAGGUGGCAAUCAAGGUGAUGGACAAGGAGAAGCUCAUCAAGUUGGGCGCCGUUCAACAGAUCAAGCGCGAGAUCGCCGUGAUGCGCCGGCUGCGGCACCCCAACAUCGUGCAGCUGCACAAGGUGAUGGCGUGCAAGUCCCGUAUCUUCGUCGUCAUGGAGUACGUCCGCGGUGGCCCGCUCUACCGCCACAUCCCCGCCAACGGCGGCCUCAAGGAGGACGAGACGCGCCGCAUCUUCCAGCAGCUCGUCUCGGCACUCACCUUCUGCCACGCGCAGGGCGUGUACCAUCGCGACAUCAAGCCCGACAACCUCCUCGUCGACGAGCACGGCAAUCUCAAGGUCGCCGACUUCGGGCUGUCCGCCCACGCCGACACGGCUCGCCGGGAGGCGCUCCUCCACACCGUCUGCGGCACGCCCCUGUACGUCCCUCCGGAGGUGUUCGCUCGCCGGGGCUACGAUGGUGCCAAGGCGGACGCCUGGUCCUGCGGCAUCGUCCUCUUCGUGCUCGCCGCCGGCCGCAAGCCCUUCCGCGACGACGACUUCAUCACGCUAUACAGGACAAUCUGCCGCGGUGACUACCGCUGCCCACGCACCUUCAGCCCCGAACUGGUACGCAUAGUACGCCGCCUCCUCCAACCAAACCCAGCGCACCGGAUCACACUACUGCAAAUCAAGGAAACAGAUUGGUUCAAGAAGGGCUUCAAGGAAAUAAGUUUCUAUAUCGACAACAAGGACUGCCUGCGCAGCCUUGAUGGCUCCGAAGAGCCUGAUCUCUGUGACUCUGACUCCGAGGACGAGACUGCCAUGUCUUCAUCAUCCUCCGGCUCUUCCUCUCCGGUGGCUCAUGGCGAUGGCGGCGGCAUGCACACCUCGGUUUCAGCACCGUCGCUUGUAAAUCUGGAGAAGAUGCACAUUGCUGCAGCCUGUGCCCCUGAGCCGCGUAUAAGACGGAUCAAGAGUAUGAACGCGUUCGACAUUAUCGCCUCCUCGCCAAGCUUCGAUCUGUCCGGGCUGUUCGAGGAGCGCGGCGAGCAGUUGCGUUUCGUGUCCAGCGCGCCAGUGAACACCAUCAUCAAGAAGCUGGAGGAGAUCGCCGGGCAAGUUAGCUUCACGGCGCGCACCAAGGAUUGCCAGGUAUGCAAGAAAGCCGGAGAUACCGCUGAAUACCGUCAAUUCUGCGGCAGUGAGCUCAAGCCCGGCCUUCGAGGUCUUGUGGAUGGCCUGCCCGAGGAUGGCCUUCCUCCAACGCUGAAUGUUGCGUGA